AUGUCGGUCUCUCUACUCGCGUUUCGCGAGUCCGUACUGUCAUUCCGUGUCGCGCAGACUUCCGUGCGCUACGCGAGCAAAAAGGAUUCCAAGUCCACGGCAGAUCCGAGACUUGACAUUAUCCGACGUGCGCUGUACCCGUCCAACAUUCGUAACAGGGCCUCGCCCGUAGGCACAUGGCGUCCAGAUGUCGGCCGACGUCUGCAGCGCGCUAUACCUUCCGUGCAAGCGCACGAGACAAUUGAACGCGCGUGGCUGCUGCACCAGCGACACGCACGGCGUAGGAGGCAGGCGGAGUUGGAGAGGAAGUUCCAGUGCAUGCAUGACGCGAUGGAGGUGCUCCGCCAAGUCUCUCCCAGGCUGUAUGCAGCUGCGAACAAGGACGAGGACCCACGCGCGAGGAGUCCGGAGGAGCAGGCGUUUGUGAAGACUCUGAAGGGGCCAGAGAGGAAGGCGUUUGAGGCGAGGAUCCGCGGUCUCUUUCCCAGAGAGUUCCGUACACCGACAGAUACGCCCCCUCGGGAUGGAUGGCAAUACGACUACACUCCCAUCUACCAGACCCCAUAG